AUGGGCAAACUACAGGAUGUUAUCCGCUUCCUCUUGGCAGCAGGAGGGUCUCCCUCUGAAGACGGGAAAUCGACUUAUCUUUUCUAUGAAGUGAAGAAUAGUCUGUAUAUGGAGACGUGGACUGGAUCUGAAAGAUCCGGCAGAAAGCGGGUUGCUACAGGGGUCCGAACUGGUACCUCUGCACCAGUGAUUUGCUUACGAUACAAGAGACUCUUUACCAUUGACAAAUCUAACAUGCUCAAAUGUUUCACCGAGACAUUGCGAGCUGAAGACGAAGACGAAGAAGAGGAGGAGGAGGAGGAGGAGGAAGAGGAAGAAGAGACCUGGGAGGAGGAAGAUUUGGAGAUAGACGUGCAAGUGCACCCCCAAAGCCGCCUUACCCUCUCCUGUGGCGAUGGAGCAAUAACUGUCGUCUAUCAGAACCCGGACUGCUCCCUUGGUGCCAUUGAAGACGACGGUGAAGGCUGGAAGAAUGCAGAACUUCCAACGUGCAUGGCCUCGCCUGGAACUCCCCUGGCUAGCUUCCAGACCAAGGAUGCCUCGUACUAUAUCUACGUUGGCACUGAGAACACUCCGCGGUAUUUGAAGCACGACACAGAGGGAUGGAAAGACGAGCCAUUUUCAAGCGCAAAGAUUGACGCCGCUUCCUCCAAGAUCUGCGCCGGUGAAGAUGGAACAGCAACCAGUGACCCCAAGCUGUUGCUCUUCUGCCUCGCUGACAACGAGCUCUCCGUCAUCAAGAGAGAAAGCGACAAGGCAGACGUCUUGGGCAUCGUCCGCAAUGGAGAAUACGUGCCGACAUCCGACCAGGAGAAUGUUGAGUACUAUAGUGCUAGCCUAUGCCCUUAUUUCGAGCAUCUGGUGCAAUUUGUGCACGCUGCUCAAGCUAUUGCCUCUCAGAUUUCUCUACCUUUCUUUUCGGGCCCUCAACCCCAACCACAGGAUCCUCAGAUGGCUUACGCUCAUGUGCCCUACCCCCAGACUCCCAUGCCCCCGAUGGCUUGGUCUGCGAUGCCCUACCCUCCGACACCAAAGCCCCAGAUGCCUUAUAUUUCAAUGCCUUACCCUCCGACCCCCUUUUCUCCGGGGCCGUAUGAGAGCAGUCCUCAGUUCAAUGAGCAGUUCAAUCAACAGCGCCCUCCGCGUCAAGAAGCCAUCUACGCUCACCCCCCUUAUGAAAAUGUUGCUCAAAAUGGCCAGCAACCUCUGCAUCAGGGAUUCCCAAUUCGUCAACCCCCUCGCCAGCCUGUUCCUCCUCAGCAAGAUCCUCCUCAGCCCACUGCCGAGCGGCCUGCUGAGCUGCCGAGAAAUAACUUCGGAGGGCACGAAGAGGAGGCAGACGACGAUAUUGCUGGGCCACCCCCUGCUCCUGCAAGACCCGAGCCAAGGAAUGCUCAAGCAGCUGCUGCGACCGAUUCUCAACAACGGCCUGCUACGACGAAUGCCCAACAACGGCCUGCCCCGACAAAUGCUGGAUCAUCCCAUCCACAACGACCUACUCGCCAAGAAUCUUCCGAAGAAGUGGUCAAUGAAGAAGAGACUUUCGAGGAAGAGGAGAACGAAGAAGACGAUUUUGAUGAGCUUGCCCCUCAAGCCACCGCUCAGACUACCCAGAGGAACGCUACAAGGAAUGCUCAGCAUCCCGGUCAACAACAAUCUGCCCCUCAAGCCAACAACGAGUUUACUGAAGAGCCUGAGGAAGAAGCCGACGACGAGCCAUUUGGACAAUAUGUCUCUUCGACUCGCGUGCAAUCUUCUCAGCGGCCUGCUGUAGGGAACACUCAGCGGCCUGCUGUAGGGAACACUCAGCGGCCUGCUGCAGGGAAUACUCAACAGCCUCAUGAGCAGCCACCUCGUCCACAGCAGUCUCAGCGCCAGCCUGGUGUUGAUGGCUAUCGCCAGCCUUCUGUACAAGAAUUUGAGGAAGACGAGUUCGAUGAGCUUGCUCCCGUGCCACCUGUUCAACCAAACCAGCAACCUGCGCCGAGGGGUGGUUCAACAGAUGCCCAGCAUCAUCCUCAACCGCAAGCGGCUGGCCGGCCGACUGCUCGUCAAUCGACCCCUCGACAGGAUUCUCCUCUCCAACAAGCUGCUCGAGGACGACAGCCUCCUUUAGACCAGACUCAAGUCGAUCAACGAGCUGCUCGAGGGACCAUGCCACAACAACAGCAACGACAGCAGCAGCAGCGGCAACAACAACAACAGCAGCAGCAGCAACAACGACAACCACAGCAGCAACAACGGCCGCAGCAGCAGCAGCAGCAGCGCCAGCAAAGAUUCUGGGAGCAGCUUGAUGAACCUUUCUAUGAUCAUCAACUGCAACCGACCUACGAAGAGUCCCUAUGUGAAGAUUUGGAGGACUCUCGCCAACAUACGCCAUAUGCGUAUCCUCCACCCAUCGAUUCGAGAUACGGCUCACCAGCUCCAUACCCAGAAUCCCCAGCCGUUUACCAACGCCGCCGGGGUCCUGCUGUUCAUCACCAUUCUAUUUUCACACAGCAUAGUCGAGUGUAUCCCCACGGUCACUCCCACUAUGGCUCUCAACAGCACAUCACUUGUAGCUCUUCUCAUUCAAGCCGUCACCGCAUAUAUACCCACGAUCGACCUUCAUUCGGGACUCGCGUGCUCCACCAUCUUUUUGGGAGAAGAUGCCCCGGCUGCUAUCGCCGCUACAGGAAGGUCAGCAAGGUCUACCAUCAUACUCAUGACUACGUCACGUAUGAGAAGACCUGUAGGUGUCGAUGA